CCUAAAUCCAUACUAUUUUAAAAUAUAAUUAUAAUCAUAAUAACUAAUUAUUAAUAAUAUUUUAAAAUAUAGUUUUUAAUUAUUAUUAUGUGUAAUAUUCUAAUAUUCAUUUUAUAUAAUCACUUGGGUGGAUAAAUAAGCUGACGAUGACACCUGGCGGUCCAAGAAAAAUAAAAAAGAAAAUCAACUAUAAAAGGUGAAACAUAAAAUAAAAGAAAAAUAAGCUGUGGCAAGAUCAAAAACCAAAUAAAUGUUUGAAUAUUUUAAUCGUAAAGAUUCCAUCUCUGUAUCAUUUGCUUAAACUCAGUAAAAAAGAAAAGAAAAAAGAAAAAAGAAGAAUAAAUAGGAAAAGAACCCAUUUGACAACACUCACUGACCCCUCCCAUCUAUCUCUUCUCUCUCCCUCUAUACGCUGCAAUAAUAAUAAAUCGCAAUCGUUAUCGCCUUUCUCUAUAGGGUUUCUUUUUCGUUAUUUUUAUUUUUUUAAAAUUCUUUUUGUCAAUCCGAAAACUUUUAGUAACUAUGAAUUAUAUCUGUAUCCUUUUUCACUUGUACAGAUCUUCUCAAUACAAACCCUAGAACUUCCGAGAUUAUUAUGGGUUUUUAUAACUCAGCGUCUUUUUUGUUUUUCGAGAUUUAGAUUUUAGGGAGUUCAUGUUUAGUGGGAAUAAGAAAAAUAAACAUUUGUAAAUAUGGAAAGGUUUGGAAGUGGGGGUGGUGGUAUUCAAGAGGCUCUCAAAGCUGAUGAUCUUAAACAAUUUGGUGAUAAUUCCUCAGAAGGUGCUGUGUUUGAUGCAUCUCAAUAUGCAUUCUUUGGUAAUGAUCUUGUUGAGGACGUUGAGUUAGGAGGUUUGGAAGAUGAAGAAGAAGACUUGCCUGCGGUUGGUGGCAGGUUUGAUGAGGAGGAGUUUAUCUUCGGUAGACAAGAGGGUGAGCUUGCAAGAUCUUUUUCUGAUAUUGAUGAUCUUGCUAGUACAUUUUCAAAGUUGAACAAGGUUGUUAGUGGACCAAGAACUGCAGGUGUAAUUGGUGACAGAGGAUCCAGAGAAAGUUCAUCAGCUACUGAAUGGGCCCAGGGGGAGGAGUUUCAGAACUGGCUUGAUCAGCAGCAGCUAUUUGACCCUGACGGCAUUCAGGACGGCAAGAGAUGGUCCUCGCAGCCAUAUUCUUCUUCUUCUCGCCUUUCAGAAUUAAAGCCAUUAUACAGAACAUCUUCAUACCCGGAGCAACAACAACACCAUCAACACUUCUCCAGUGAACCUAUCCUUGUGCCAAAGUCUUCUUACACUUCAUAUCCUCCACCUGGUGGACAAUCUCCACAGGCUUCACCAAAUCACAGUCAUAUGAAUAUGCAUUAUCUUGGUGGUGGACCCCAAAUGGCAAUAUCUUUGCCAAACCUCUCUCCCUUCUCCAGUCCUCAGCUUCAGUUGACCGGCUUACAUCAUGGAUCACAACAUUUUGGUAGGAAUUUGUCACAGCUUUCUUCUGGUCUAUCUGGAAAUAAUCGGCCACCAAACCAGUGGGCUAACCAUGCGGGCUUAUAUCUUGGAGAUCACCCAAAUCGUUUGAACAAUAUGCUGCAGCAGCAACUACCGCAUCAGAAUGGUUUAAUGCCUCCACAGUUGAUGGCGCAACUGCAGACGCAGCAACAUCGACUGCACCAUCUGGUUCAGCCAUCACUGGGCCAUUUAUCAGGCAUGCAGUCUCAACUUUUUAAUCCACAUCAUUCUCCAUCCCCAGCCUUGAUGGGCAAGUUUGACCCAGUGCUUGGUCUGGGUGAUAUUAGAGAUCAAAGACCAAGAUCAGCUCAAAAAGCUAGACCAAAUAUGCGUUAUUCUCAACAGGGAUUUGAUUUGAACAGCCAGAAGAUUGAUGGUAUCUGGCCACAAUUCAGAUCCAAGCACAUGACAGCUGAUGAAAUUGAGAGUAUUCUUAGAAUGCAGCUUGCUGCAAUGCACAGUAACGACCCAUAUGUGGAUGAUUACUAUCACCAGGCUUGUCUUGCAAAAAAAUCUGUUGGGGCGAAACUCAAACAUCAUUUCUGCCCAACUCACUUGAGGGAUCUACCUCCUCGGGCACGUGCUAAUGCAGAACCACAUGCUUUUCUCCAGGUUGAUGCACUUGGGAGGGCUGCCUUUUCUUCAAUUCGCAGACCCCGUCCACUGCUUGAGGUUGACCCUCCAAACUCAUCUGUUAGUGGUGGUACUGAUCAGAAAGUUUCUGAGAAGCCCCUGGAACAGGAGCCAAUGCUUGCAGCAAGAGUGGCAAUUGAAGAUGGUCUUUGCCUUCUUCUUGAUGUAGAUGAUAUUGAUCGUUUUUUAGAAUUCAAUCAGUUUCAAGAUGGUGGAGCCCAAUUAAGGCGCAGGAGGCAGGUCUUGAUGGAAGGGCUGGCAACAUCCAUGCAGUUGGUUGACCCACUUGGCAAGAAUGGGCAUACAGUUGGACUUGCUCCGAAAGAUGAUCUUGUGUUCUUGCGACUAGUAUCUCUUCCCAAGGGCCGGAAGUUGCUUGCAAAGUAUCUUCAGCUUCUUUCUCCAGGUAGUGACCUCAUGCGAAUUGUCUGCAUGGCUAUUUUUCGUCAUUUGAGGUUCUUGUUUGGAGGUCUCCCCUCUGAUCUUGGAGCAGCAGAGACUACAAAUAACCUUGCAAGGGUUGUAUCACUAUGUGCGUGCCGCAUGGAUCUUGGUUCUCUUAGUGCUUGUCUUGCAGCAGUGGUUUGUUCCUCAGAGCAGCCUCCACUCCGCCCCCUAGGAAGCUCUGCUGGAAAUGGAGCUUCUCUUAUUUUAAUGUCUGUUCUAGAGAGGGCAGCUGAACUGUUGGGUGAGCUUCAAGAUGCUAGCAACUAUAACGUGACAAAUCGGGCACUUUGGAAGGCCUCGUUUGAUGAGUUCUUUGUCCUACUUGUUAAGUAUUGUAUAAAUAAAUAUGAUAGCAUUAUGCAGUCUCCUAUACAAGAUCCAGCUGAAGCUAUUAAAAGGGAAUUACCUAUGGAGCUUUUGCGUGUGAGUGUUCCCCACACAAAUGACUACCAGAAAAAGAUGUUAUAUGAUCUUUCCCAGCGUUCCUUAGUUGGUCAAAACAGUAAUGGUGGUCGCAUGAAUUCUGAGGCUGUGCUAAGUUGAUACUAAGCAGCAUGGAAAUAUGAUAGCACUUAGAAACCAUGAGCCUCCCAGUUGGUGCCGAGUUCUAAGAGAGUUAAUUGAAAAGAGACUGUUGGACCAGCAGUGUGGUCGGGGUAUUUGUUUUACCUUUUGCUCGCAUACACCAUUGCCAAUUAGGAAUGCACACGUAACUGAAGCAGAAGCUUUGGAGGAACCUACUGCAAGUCAGUGCUAUAAGAUUUUAGAUGUAUACUUCUAGUCAUUCUCACUAAAUUCCAUGCAACUGCCUUGCUUGCUAAAACAUGUAAAAGGCUUGUCUUGUACUGUGAUAGAAAUCUGUUCUUGUUCUUUCUUUUUUUUUUUUUUUUUUUUUUUUUACUACUAUGGGUCAGUUUAUUCCCCUUUAUCUGAAGGGCAUAUUUGAUGCUCUGUUGUGGAAUUCUCAAUAUGGAGGUGUAGGGUUGGGCUGGGUAGUGUGUACAGGGUUGGGUACAUAGGUUUCCUACUUCCCUGCAGUAUUUGUUAUCAAGGAGGUGGGAUAGGUGUUACAUUCAUGUUUUUCAGGAAUGGACUAUGUUUCGCAAUUGCUUAGUAAAUGGCAAUAAAGCCAUGCUAAUGCUGGUGAUUUGUGUUUCCAGUGAUAAGGGAAACUGUUGAAGCUUGAAUUCUCAAGUAAUUACCAAGUGAAGCUUGUUCUA